AAGAUUUUUUAAAAAAAAACUGGAAUAUUGUGGAAGCAGAAGGAAUAGAGCUGUAUCUGUGGCAGAAACUGAUCGUGAAUUACAAAGCAAUUAGUGGAUUUUGCAUCAUGUGGAGAACAGAGACUUUUGUUCUCUUCUUUCUACUGUGUCUAAAGAACCUCAUGAAAGCAAAUGGCUCCUGCUACUUAGAACAGUCCCAAAGUCAGUGUGUUUGUUCAGUGAAAGAUCUAGAACAGACAGAGAUCCAGACCUUCCUGACAUGCACAAUAGCCUCCAUAUAUGAGCUUCGAGGAGGAAACCUCACACGUUUCGGGAAUUUUUCUGGAGUUGAGCCACAUCCACAAAUAAUUGAAAUCUUGGAAAACCUGCCAGUACAAAAGCUCAUCUUCACAGAUGUCAUUGUGCCAGAAAUUCUCUUGCCAGGAGCCUUGGCUUUUGUUUCCCACACUCCUCUGGUUUCAGCACUUGAAUUUGUAAACUGCACCUUCCUUAGAGCUGCCCAUUGGCAUACCAGAAACAUACUCUGGCUAAAGAUUUCUUCUUUGCGCUUCCACAGAGUGAUUGCUGACCCCCUGGAUGACAGAUUUGACAUCUCAAGCUGGAGAAGCUGGCUUGAGAAUUUAGAAAAUUUGACCAUCUCAGAGUCGCAAGUCACAUCUAUCCCUUGCAAAAUUGGUGUGGUGUUCACAGCAUUGCAUUUGCUCGACAUUUCAGGAAAUCGUUUUCAGGACGAGAGCCUAAGCUCAUCAUUUUGUGAAGGUGCUUUCCCUCAGCUCCAGAUAUUAAAACUGAACCGCAACAAUCUGACUUCUUAUGAGACUGUGUGCCGGACUCUUAGUCAUCUCCGUACGCUCGCUCAUUUAGACCUAAGUCAGAAUAGCUUUCCGCCUGACCUGCUCUCUUCCCCUUGCACAUGGCCACAGUCACUUCGUAUUUUUAAUUUGUCCAACACAGGAUUACAGUACAUGGACAAAUCUCUGCCCCCAAACAUUGAAAUAUUAGAUCUCAGUGCUAACAGCAUUUUGACUCUCGACCUCUCGACCCCUGGCUUGAAAGAACUCUACCUGUCCAAAAACAGGCUGCAGACGGUCCCACCAGUCGAGGGGCUUCCUAGUUUAGAAAUUCUCACUUUGGAUCAAAACCAGAUCCCUCGGCUUCAUAGUAAGGGCCUACUGCUUCUGAAAAACCUACGUAGCUUAAAAGCAGGCCUCAAUCUCUAUAAUUGUUCUUGUCGCCGGUAUAUCCAAGAAAUCCAGGAUUUGGCAACUCAGAGGACAGACUGGCUCCAAGAUUGGCCUCAUAACUAUAUUUGCAGGUCCCCUCCUCAGUAUCAGAACUACCUCCUGGAUGAAGUGCCUCUUUCAUCCCUGCAGUGCAACAAGGCUCUGGUCAGUCACGGGUCGGUGGUGAGUUUGCUGAUAUGCCUUCACCUGGUGCUUCGUUGGCUUCCAGUGUAGCCCUUUUCAAACAUUACUUUGAAACAGCGCUAAUCCUAGGCUCACUGCCUGACAUGGAGACACCAGUGUUUUGUAGUAUAAAUCAAGAAAACAGAAUUGAGGGGAUGAUUUGAACCUUUUUAAGAGAAGGAUGUGACUGCAGAACUUGUAAAAAGAAAAUGGUUAUACAGUAUUAGAAGAUGCUAUGCUGUUAUGGUUAUAAUUGUUGUGUGCAUGUACUUUCUCCUGAAAAAGCAAGAACUUUAUUUUUAAAAGAAAAAUAAAAGUUGUAUGCAUCUAUGAUUACCCAAAAUGCCUUCAGCAUAUAUUUGUGGGGUU